AAAAAAAGUCAUGUUUUCAGGUGAGACACAAAAGAUGAAUAUGUAUCAAGCCAUAAAUCACGGGCUUACUGUCGCAUUGGAAAACGAUCCACGUUCAGUGGUGUUUGGCGAGGAUGUGGCGUUUGGAGGUGUCUUCCGUUGCACGAUGGAUUUGAAGAAACGUUUCGGUGCUGAUCGUGUCUUUAAUACACCUCUUUGUGAGCAAGGAAUUGCCGGUUUUGGAAUUGGAUUAGCCAACGCGGGGAUAUCGGCGAUUGGCGAAAUACAAUUCGCGGACUACAUAUUUCCCGCUUUCGACCAGUUGGUAAACGAAGCAGCUAAAAUGAGGUAUCGAAGCGGCAAUAUGUUUGACUGUGGUAAACUAACAAUUCGCGCGCCUUGCGGAGCGGUCGGUCACGGCGGCCUUUAUCAUUCCCAGAGCCCGGAAGCUUACUUCGCGCACACUCCUGGCUUGAAGAUCGUCGUGCCACGCGGAGCGAUGCACGCGAAGGGUCUCCUAUUGAGUUGCAUCGACGAGCCAGAUCCUUGCAUUAUAUUCGAGCCUAAAAUUCUAUAUCGCACAGCGAUCGACGAGGUGCCCGUGGCACAUUACAAGAUCGAAAUCGGCAAGGCUGAGAUUGUGAGAAGUGGUGACGCCGUGACACUCGUGGGCUGGGGCACUCAGGUGCACGUUCUGCUGGAGGUGGCCGACCUAGCGCGGGAGAAGCUCGGCGUGUCCUGCGAGGUGAUAGACCUCGUCUCCAUCCUACCUUGGGACGCGGAACUCGUGUGCAAGGUGGGGAACAACGGCGUUAUUAGGCGAGAGAACGUUUCCUUGAGAGACGGAAGAUCGAUUUCGUGAUAUUCCGCUUAAGGCGAGGAGCCCGACGUGAUUCCUCCCGCCUCCUCCUCGCAGUCCCUCGUUGCCGCGUUCGCGCGCACGUUCCCCAUUAACGCCGAAUCUCAAGGGCCACACAAUCGGCGCGAUAUAUAUCUCUCCUCCUCUUUCCCUUCUCGCCGUUUCUCUCUCGGAUUUAACUCGAGGUUCCCGGAAUACGGUGA